CGAUCCGCUCACUCGCUAUUUCCACUGAACCGGCCAGCGCGUGACGUACACUUUCCCAUUCAACAGCGCAAUUCAACUGCAAUCCUUUACAUACACUCGCGGCUCGCCUCGCCUCGCCUCUCCUCUUAGGUGAAAAUGGAAGGCGAGAGCUCGCGCACCGGCGACGGCGGCGGCGCUGGGGCCAGGACGGAGCCGGCGCGACCACCGUCAGCAUCCGGCGGCCGACUGCGUGCGAGACCGGACGCAUUCUUGGUUGCUUGUCGAGGCUUCAGCGUAAUCACGUCUCUGGCGGCCAUCCUCUGCAUCGCUGUCAAUGUUCUCUCUGCCGUCAAAUCUUUCAAAAACGGAUCGGAUAUAUUUGAUGGAAUAUUCCGGUGUUACGCAGUGAUCUUAGCUAUAUUUGUGGUCGUCGCCGAGACAGAGUGGGAAUUUGUCAUGAAGUUUUGGAAGGUCUUGGAAUAUUGGGUUGGCAGGGGAAUGCUGCAGAUCUUUGUUGCAGUAAUGACAAGAGCGUACCCUGAGUAUUUGAGAGACGGUAGCCAAGACCUUUUUCUUCUCCAGAGCAUAGGGAGCUACCUGCUAAUUGCAUGCGGGGUGGUUUAUGUGAUAUCUGGUGUGCUAUGCAUUGGCAUGGUCAAACGUGCUCGCCAGAAAAAAGAACUUUCUAGGGAUCAAGCAAUAAAGGAUCUCGAGGAACUUGAACGACGAAGAGAAGAACUUGAGUCACUACUGUUACCAGACAAUGCUUGAUCCAGCCCUAGAUUAUGAACCUGACAAACAUGCAACUAUUCAAUCUGGAUGAGCAAGAAACAUGGUCCUGGUACUCGUAUUGGAUGAGAGAAACAUUCUGAGGUUAAAGUUGUCGAUAGCUAUUAUUGUCAAACGAUUGUGAAGUCAGAUCAGGUCAGGCAGUAUUGUUUGUUUGUUAGUUAAUUAUUCUUGAUAAUUCAAAGGCUUGGGAAGUUUAUAUGCUUGUUCAGUGAGGCUUGAAUCCUACUUCUGCUACGUUCUUGAA